CGCAAAUCCCAUUGAUCGAAUAUUCUGGAGGCGGUCAUCCGACUGACUUGCGAGAAACGAAAAGAAAGAAAACAAGAGAAGCAGAAAUGGUCGAACACAUUCGUCCCAAUAGUUAUUGAGGAAAGUGAGGGUUAGAGAUCGAGAAGAGAGAUUCUACAGAAAGAAAGAAGGUUGGUGAAAAAAUGGUGCUUUGGGAGGUUACUUUAGCAACUGCAUAUUUUCUUGGAUUGAAGCGAACUUACAAGCUCGCUUUGAAGAUUCAGCGUCGCCUUGUCCGUCCUAAACACGCUAAGAUUCGCAAUUUCGUUCAGAGGAGGACCCGAGUGAUAUUUGAUGUGGCACUGAAGGUUCACAAUAAUAUACAAGAAAGAGACAUAGAAGUUGGUAGAAAUGUGGGUAAUUGGAUCCUGAGGUGGCUGGACAGGAUUAAGCCGUCAGCUCAAAUCCGUUCUCAUCAUCUUACUGAACAAUCUGAAUCCCAAUCCUCUGCCAUGAAAAUGAAGGCAUGGUCGUCAAGAAGAAGCAGCAGUCUAUUAUUAACUGACAAAACGCGUUUCCAAAAAUUUAAAACUGGGUUGCAAGAAUCGUCACCAUUCCAUAAUAGGAAGCAUCACCUGUUUGCUAGGGCGAGAAAUAUGUGGUGGUCUUCGAAGCCUUUUCCUACUAUUUCUGCUGGGGGGAGCAACAUAUUUCAGAGUAGUAUUAGGUAUAUGAGGUUUUUGGGAAAUAAUGAAGCAUCCAGAAUGAAUCUUCCCAGAUGGACUUCUUCUUCUUCUUCUCAAGGAGUCAUUCGGAAUGAUAUUAUGCUAUGGAUGCAGCAGCGUAACUAAAAUAGUAAAUCGUCAACUUCUUCUUACUGUGGGAAAUACUGGUUUUUAUAUUUUGUUUUGAAGAAUAAGAUUCGGCGUUCUCUAUUAGGUGAUCUUUCGGUCAUCAUUAGUGUCUGCCCAACAAGGUUGCGUUUAGUUUCUUUCUUGAACUAGCGAUCGAAAAUGCAAGUUUAGAACGGAUUUUAUUUUGUUCACUAAAAUAUUAUAUGUACCAAGCUAACUGAAUAUGUGAAAUAUAGAUCUAUUAUUUAUUUUGCUCAUUGCAUAUUGGACUUUCUCAGUGACCUUAA